UCGUUCCAUUAGGCAUAUAAUCACCUUUUGUUCCUUUUCUUCUCACUUGAUCCCCUCUGCUUUUCCACCCGCCACCGUUCUCUUUAGUGAACCUUCUCAAACUACAAGUCAGUGUUAAGAAAUGGCAUCAAGCUCAAUGUCAUCCUCAGGGUCAUGGUCUGCUAAGGACAACAAAGCCUUUGAAAGGGCUCUUGCAGUUUACGACAAGGACACUCCUGACCGUUGGUACAACGUUGCCAAGGCUGUUGGUGGGAAAACUCCUGAGGAAGUAAAGAGACACUACGAUCUCCUUGUGGAGGACGUGAAACACAUAGAAUCAGGACGGGUGCCCUUUCCUAACUACAAGAGAACUGGAGGCUCUGACGAGGAAAAAAGGCUGAGGAACUUGAAGCUCCAGUGAACCAACUGGUAUCAACAACAAUAAAGAUUUUCAACAUCCUGCUGCUUCACAUGAAAGUGCAUGGUGCUAUUUUAUAUGAGUUAGCAAUAGCUUUAGACUAAGACUAGUAGUCAUAAGAAUCAUGGCCCAUGAUUCCACGUUGUAAUUUCGUAUCCCUGAAGCUAGCAACAAGAAUGUACGAUUCUGUUUCAAUUCCUAGUACGUUUCUGAUUUCUGCCCAUAAUAAAGUUGUCAUUUUUUGUUGUUA